AAAGGGCGUGCUGUUUGGCCAGUGUUCUAUAGGAAAGUUGCCUGUAAUGGCAGACAUCGUCGAAAAGCGUAAGAGAAAGGCCGUGGGAUUUUAAAAGUAUUGGUAUGCUUCUUGCUAGUUGCGCGAAUCAGUCUUUAUUUUUGCUAAAGGUUAUAUUAAAACUCGAGACAGUUUGGGUAUUGUUUCGUGAGGGGUAUUCCAAGCACAUACGUAUCGAAAGUGGUAAUAUUCUGGCAACUCCAUUUCAGCAAUAUUAUGUUUUUUUUUCCUUUUUGUGCAACAUUUUGAAGUCACUACUCCGUAUCGUCUGUGUUCCUGUUUGAAGGAUGCAAAUGGUUUAACUGCAAGGACCUAGGAGAAAGAAAAGCCAUGAGUCAAAAUAAUUGUAGACUUGAGAAUAAAAGAAUUGUUGCAGGUUUUUUUUCUGCUAUGCAGUCUGAAAUUGUUUGCUUUAAUAUUUUUUAAUGAACUUGGAACAUUUUUUAAAAUUUUGACAAGAAAUUUGGAUUGCAAACAUGGCAAAAGAACAAGAACUGCUUCAGGCAGUAAAACUGGGAGACUAUGCAGCUGUGCAGAAGCUCUUAUCUAAGAUGAAAGCCAACAGAAGCAAGUUGCUGGGCUCUGCAAAGAGGCUGAAUAUCAACUACCAGGACUCUGAUGGAUUUUCAGCUCUUCACUUUGCAGCACUUACUGGAACUACUGACCUUAUUUCUUUGCUAUUAGAAGCACAAGCCACUGUUGACAUCAAAGACAACAAUGGGAUACGGCCUUUACAUUAUGCAGCUUGGCAAGGAAUGGCAGACAAAGUUUUUAUGUUACUGCGAGCAGGUGCCUCUGUCAACAUGGCCUCCCAAGAUGGACAGAUUCCAUUGCACCUUGCUGCACAGUAUGGCCAUUAUGAAGUGUCUGAGAUGCUUUUGCAGCAUCAGUCCAACCCAUGUAUCUUGAAUAAAGUACAAAAGACACCUUUGGAUCUGGCGUGUGAGUUUGGAAGAUUAAAGGUGGCCCAGUUGCUGUUGAAUAGUAACAUGUGUGCUGCUCUCUUAGAGGGUGGUGAGAACAAGGAUGGACUAGAAAUAGCCUGUAACACUCCUCUUCAUCUUGCCGCCCGCAAUGGGCAUAAGGAAAUCAUUCAGAUAUUGUUGAAAGCUGGAAUCAGUAUCAAUCGAACAACCAGGGCUGGAACUGCAUUACAUGAAGCUGCCCUGUAUGGAAAGAAAGAGGUGGUUCGACUUCUUCUUGAUUCAGGAAUUGAUGUUAAUCUCCGAAAUACUUAUGGUCAGACUGCACUGGACAUUGUGAACCAAUUUACAACUUCACAUGCUAGCAAGGAGAUCAAGCAGUUGCUCAGAGAAGCAUCGGGUAUUUUAAAAGUUCGAGCACUGAAGGACCAAUGGAACAUACAUGAUCCCACAGCACUGAACAUUAGAGCUGGUGACAUCAUUAUGGUUCUGGAACAGCAUAGUGAUGGCCGCUGGAAAGGACACAUCCAUGACAACCAGAGAGGAACUGACCAAGUGGGCUACUUCUCUCCUGCCAUUGUUGAGGUUAUCAGCAGAAGAGCAGGUGGAACCCUUUCUCGCCACUCCUCCCUUCUGAAUCACAAGCAACAGUCCCUUUCCAAAACUCCUUAUUGUGCUCAGACCAAUCCCCUUAUGGAUCACUCCUGUCAGCUCUAUCAAAAUUCUUUCAGACGGGUUCUUGGACUUGGAGACAGUGCAGCUGGUGACAGGAACAGUGUUGGUAGUAAUGGCAGUGCUGGUAGCUCCCGGAGUGCUGGCAGUGGACAGAGCUACGACAGCAGCAUCGGACAGUCAAUGGCAGACAGCUCCAAAAAAAUGGUAGCUGUUAGUGCUGAACAGGGGCUCUGUUCUAUAACUUCUGAGACAUCUAAGCAGCAGGAGGUAACCGAUACAUCAGAGCAGAAAAACAUGUCCACUUGCAGAUCAAGAGAACAAAUUUAUCCUUACCUGUUCAAAGAACACCAGCAGUUGCCUGAAGGGAAGGAUGCUGAAGCCAUUUACGAAUGGCUUAGUGGCUUUCAAUUGCAACAAUACACAUCCAACUUCAUUAAUGCAGGAUACGAUGUCCCAACAAUUAGCAGGAUGACCCCAGAGGACUUAACAGCCAUUGGAGUUACUAAACCCGGACAUCGUAAGAAGAUUUCAAUAGAAAUCGGAAAAUUAAAUAUCCCAGAAUGGCUACCUGACUACAUUCCGGCUGACCUGGUAGAAUGGUUAAGUGCAAUUGGUUUGUCACAGUAUCACAAAACAUUUUGUGAAAAUGGGUAUGAUUCCAUUAACAUCAUCCGUGACGUAACAUGGGAAGACUUACAAGAAAUAGGAAUUGUCAAACUUGGGUAUCAAAAGAAAAUUAUGCUUGCUGUAAAGAAGUUGAAUGAUAUCCAAAAAUUUAUGAACCAAAGAGAACUGGAGAAUAAAGCUUUGAUGCACAAAAUUCCAAGCGAGCUGGCAACUGUGACCAUUGAAACAGAGAAUGGAGGAGAGUGUCAUUCUUCCCAAACUGCCAAAAUGACAACAUUUCAAGAUGCUGAACUUAGUCCAGAACUUCAGAGCACCAUCUCUAGUAAAUAUAACAACCAUCAGGAUGGUUUAACAAUCAAGAGUCUGCUUUCUUUCUCCAGCAGCCAAGAAAGCAUUGGAGGGCGUUCAAGAGGUUCAGGACACUCACAGGAGAUCACAGUGGCACAAGCAUCCUUACCUAAAGAACCCAAAAAAAGUUUAGAUCAUGCUGAGUGUUGCAAUGAGCACCCUAGGCCAGGAGAAAAUGAGGAAAGUUACAGAAGGGGCUAUGGUAGUGUUGAUGGAAUUAAUGGAGGAUUUGUGGACUGCCUUGUGGAUGAAAGAAACAUUCCUGAAGGACAAGACCAAUUCCAAUGUUGUGCACAAACUAAAACAAUUAAUUCAGACUUCCACUCAUAUCAAAAUGACUCCAACGCUACCGUAGAAGAAAUGAAACUAUUUUGUAAACCCCAACAUAUUCCAGACAUUGCUAAACCUCAGACCCUCAUAUGCCCAGAAAAUUCAACCACUACUAAAAGUAUCACUUUGUCAACAGUGCCAGUAGGCACAUACAAGCCAGUUUUACAACAGAUCGUCACAACCAUGCCAGGGAAAUAUUCUACACAAAAAGAAUCUAGGCAUCUCUGUUCAGAAUUGGAGAUCACAAAGAAAGAUCAAGAUGUUUUUCUCAAGAAUGUACCAAGUGCUGUAUCAGUUCUUUCUAGCCAACUGCCCAGUAAAAAUGGAGAAUUCAGGACAAAAAAGCGCUCCCAAAGUCUUACACGAUGUGCCAUGUCUGAUGAGGACCCAGAAGAAGAUGGAAGAUCACUGGAAUCUUAUGGUAGUCUUACCAGGCGCCCAGUUCGCAGGCAGCUGACAAAUACGCAAUGUGCAACUGAACAUAAUGUUACUCGCAGCCAAUCUUUUGCUGUUCGUGCCCGCAAAAAGGGUCCGCCCCCUCCACCUCCUAAGAGACUCAGCUCGGUAACGAGUUUGCAAUCCUCUAAUUUCAAAAUUAAUUUAAAUGCAGGUAUAAAUAAACUUUUGGAGCCUUCAGGAGUUUUCUCUAAUAUUACAGAUACAAAUAGUGUUCGAGGCAUAGCCACAAUGUUGGAAGUGUCAUGUGAAAACCCAGCUGAGCUACAGACUCAUAAUGUAGUGUUCACUUUAGAAAAACAAAAAGAAACAUUCACUAAAAUAGUUAAUGAAGACUGCUCAACAACAGAAAAUCUUGCACCUGUAGAAAAAUCUGUUGGAUACCAUAUUCUGAAAAAUUGGUCUGAAAGACUUGAACAGAUGGCAUUCAGUGAGCCUAAAACAUGUGUAUUUAACAGUAUAGAUCCAGGGAGAGAUGAGGUUAGACUAAUUACUGAUGAUGAAUGUAAGGCUAAUACUAAAGGGUGCCUUGAAAGCUCAUCAUCCUCUCAAAGCAGCUCCAGUGAAUGCAUUCCCUUUGCUGAAGAAGGAAAUCUAACUAUCAAACAAAGACCCAGGAUACAUAAUCUUCUCACUGAGUCUUCCAGAGAAGUUGUCUCCAACAUUUCCCUGUCAGAAGAAGAAGGGAUGAAUGCAAAACAUCUAGAAAUACCACAGUUUAAUCUUACUGAAUCCGACACUGUUAAACGUAGAACCAAGCCAAGAGAAGACAAGCAACAAAAUACAAAAGGGAUAAAUGAGUUAUCUGUUCCCACUCUCACACUAAACACUACACAAGCAUUUAUUAGCCUUCAUUCUUCUCCUACACAGGAUCAUGUAACAGAUUUUACCACUCCUGAUAAAUCUUUGAGUCCUACAGAUGAAAAUCCCUUAAUCUCAUUUAUAGACACAGACUUCAGCAGAACUGCAAAUGUGAGACAAAUAAAUGAAAACUUGAAUCCUUUAGAACAGACCUCUGGUUCUGUCCAUGUUCAGCAAAGAUUGGAGCAGACUGCAACAUCUCUUGAAGCAGCUCUUCAGGCUGUUGAAAGAAAGCUUAAUUUUCAGAGUACAACGUACAGUGGAUCCGACACAAUAAAAUCCACAAGAAACAUCCUUGAUGACAUAGGUAAUAUGUUUGAUGAUCUUGCAGACCAGCUGGAUGCAAUGUUGGAAUGACCAGAACUACAAACUGGGAAGCCACAGUUGAGUUGUUUUAUUCAAAAGGAGCAGACAUUUGAAAAUCUAAGGUUUCAAACAAACAGAUAUGAUUUUCGUUUGAAAAAACUGGACAAUGAUUUUCGUUUGAAAAAACUGGACAUUAAAAAAAUCUCAGUGAUCAUCCACCUAGUUUUGGUAGUAAUUUCAAAGUUAAAAAAAAAAGCCUACACUAUUGGUCUUUUGUGAAUAACAUAUUAUUUUGCACCUUACUAGUAUUUAGAAACUCCAAUGUAUUGUACAUUGCUUAAAUCAUUUCAUUAUUUCACAUCGUAUUGUUUACCAUAAUCUGAGUUUUAUGACGUGACAUAUAUUCAACUUAAGACACUGGGAAGAACUGGGGCACACUUCCUAUUGUCCAAAAAUAAGGAAUGCAGCUUACAUGGUUAAGGAGAUUUGUUCUGAAAAUCUGAAGAUUAUAACUUGUAAUUUAAUCCUUAGCCAUUAUUUCAUAAAAUUCAAAUACAUUGCUUUGGUGUUUUGUGUCUGUGUUGGUAAAUUUAAUGGACUGCUGUCACCAUUGACUUCAAUAGUAUUCCUUCUUAUAGGUGUGGGUGAGCACCUACUAAUGCCCCAGUUGUCUAGCCACUAAGCCUCUCCAAUUAUUUAAAUUCUGAAAGAGGAAGUGCUGCCCUAGAUACAUGCCAAUACAGCCACACUUAGUGGCUGUGGGUGAAUGUGGGUGUGUGUGCUUGAGUCAGCCCUGUGAUAGACUUACACACCACCCAGGAUGAUUUUUGCCUUGUGGCUUGUAAUGUUGGAAUUAACUGCCGCCCAAUGAGACCAUGAAUUUGCAGUACCAGCAUGUG